UGAUUUCCCCCCCCGCUGAGAGCGCAGCGGCUCAUCGGCCCGGAGGAGGAACAGUUGCAGUUGGAGGAAUAUCGACCGUAUGGUGCGAAGGUGAGCUGACAUCCUGCUGAGAGGAAACUGACAAACGCAACAUGUCAGCAGCUAACGCCAGCCCGCUGGUCUUCACCCUCCUCCUCCUCCUCCUCUUACCCUCGGUUUCGAGUCAACAGGUGCCCUUUAACUGUGUGAUCAAGAUGGAGCAGGAGAAAUGCAUGGAUAUGAUAGCCUCGGACGAUCCUGGGAACGAUCCAGGAUUUGGCUGUCCGUGGAUGUGGGACAACUUGACGUGUUGGCAGCCCGCCAGGAUUGGCGAGGUGGUCGAAGUCAACUGUCCCGAACUCUUCUCUCAUGUCAUGAGUGAAGAAGACUUUGAGGUGGGGAAGGUGAGUCGUAACUGCACUGAGUUUGGCUGGACAGAACCUUUCCCUCAUUACUACGACGCCUGCCUGUAUGAGGAAGGGAACAGCAGCCAUCCGGACAUGUACUUUGUGUCGGUGAAGGCUCUGUACACCGUGGGCUACAGCACCUCUCUGGUCUCCCUCACCGUGGCCAUGGUCAUCCUGUGCAGGUUCAGGAAGCUGCACUGCACCAGGAACUUCAUCCACAUGAACCUCUUUGUGUCCUUCAUGUUGAGAGCUAUAUCCGUCUUCAUCAAAGACGGCGUGCUGUACGCCAAAGAGGACAGCGAGCACUGCUUCAUACACACGCUGGAGUGUCGAGCUGUGAUGAUAUUCUUCCACUACUGCGUCCUCUCUAACUACUUCUGGCUCUUCAUCGAGGGUCUGUACCUCUUCACGUUACUGGUGGAGACCUUCUUCCCCGAAAAGAGAUACUUCUACUGGUACAUCGUCAUUGGUUGGGGGGGCCCCACAGUGUGCGUGACCAUCUGGGUGGUGCUGAGGCUGCACUUCGAUGAUAUCGGGUGUUGGGACAUGAAUGACAAUGCCGCCAUCUGGUGGGUGAUCAAGGGACCUGUGCUCGCUUCCAUAAUGAUCAACUUUGUGCUCUUCAUCGGCAUCAUUGUCAUCCUCGUCCAGAAGUUACAGUCCCCAGAUAUCGGCGGAAAUGAAUCCAGUAUUUACCUGAGGUUGGCCCGCUCCACUCUGCUGCUGAUUCCUCUGUUUGGGAUCCACUACACUCUGUUCGCCUUCUCCCCCGAGAACGUCAGCAAGAGAGAGCGUCUGGUGUUUGAGCUCGGCCUCGGAUCCUUCCAGGGCUUUGUCGUGGCCGUCCUCUACUGCUUCCUGAAUGGAGAGGUGCAAUCGGAGAUCAAGAGGAAAUGGCGCAGCUGGACGGUGAACAGAUACUUUGCUGUGGACCUGAAGCACCGGCAUCCUUCGCUGGCGAGCAGCGGGGUGAACGGCGGCACGCAGCUGUCCAUCCUCAGCAAGAGCAGCUCGCAGAUCCGCAUGUCCAGCCUGCUGGCCGAGACCCCGGCCACCUGAGCGGCACCGGCGGGAACUCCGCACCUGACGCCGCCGGA